ACCUCGUCUGUUCUAAGCUGCUCGUGCAGAUAUUACUGCCACGAUGGAAAUGUGCGAUAUAUAAGGUAGCGACCGAAGGAGUUCGCUUUUUCUACCAGCAUCUCUUCUUAAAACCACAUUUCAUUCCACUUCACAUUCAAAUUAUACGGUCAAAAUCAGAGAUUCAGCUGACCAUUUCGUCUUCGCCAUUUUGUUGUAUAUAAUAUAUUAUACUGCAUCUGUUCAUCAUUAUGGAACCCCCUUAUGAGGACGGUGGAAUCUAUAUCAUCCUCACAACCAUCGGGAUAGAUCGGUGGCACUGGGGGAUCUACGUUUCUGUCUCUGACACUUACGGGAUGGUCUACCAUGUAACGAACCGCAAUGGUCAAUGGGAGUUCCAGGACCACAUGACGGAAAAUGUGGUCGAUUCUCUAAAUAUCAUAGCAGCGCUUCAGAUAGGCGGCGGUAUCGAAGAACAAUGGGCCGAAGCAGUCCAUAAUAUUCUCAUAGCUGUCCCUGUUAUUGCCGACGGCGGGCUCGAUCCUAGAUGGAGACAGAAUUUCACAUGUCGAGUUUGGGUUCUCGAGGCAGUGGAGCGCCUACGUCUGGCAAAUCUGGUUCCCGAUGAGCCUGCUCUAGAGGUAGAGGAAGAUGCAUUUAAUGCUGCUAGAGCCGCCAGCUCGAGUGGAACAAGACGGAUGGUUAUGUCUCGUGGUGUAAAAGCUCAGAGGCUCCGGAAUUGAAUGCGUCCGCCUUGUCUUUGACUAUUAGGAUUGUUAUCUCUUCGUGUUUCCUUUUACACACAACUGUUGCCCGCCCACCUUUCCUCUGAUCCUUCCCGAAUUGCGGCAUCUCAUUUGGGUUUUUAUCCAGUCUUAGUCUACAGCUGUCACUGUUUCAAAUCGUUACGAGCGUACUACACCUCCCUUCUUGACGCACUUGAAAUCUAGGGCUAUAAUUAAGGUUUAGUUGCUAUCACAUUGAUCGCAUAAUUCGGCAUGUGCCAGC